AUGGGGGAAGGCGACACUUUUUUAGAUAAAUUACCAUCCCGGAAAGUAUAUAAUAAAUUUAAGGAUGGCGCGUGCUACACUACUUACAGAACAUCGUACGCAGGGAAGGAGGAGCAACUAAAGCAGAAAUCUGAUGUUCUACCGUACGCGAAAAAAAUAAUGAAUGCCUGGUGUUACAUCCCUAAAGUGGACACUUACAGACUGAGCAAAUACAGAGGGGAACUGUGUAAUUCCUUAUAUUACUACAUAGCUAGUCUAUUGCCAGACACAUUGCGGAAGGCCGACUUCAUAGACCGCAUGAAUUAUAUUGGCAAUGCACUGAAGGGUGACUGGUACUUUAAUAAUUGUGACGGAAAAUACCCCGUUACCAAUACAGACAGGAGUAUUCUCCUUCAAAGGAAAAUACUCUUCGAUUAUAAAUUUGAUCACACUGCCUUGCAAAAACUAAUAAAGGCAAAUAGUAACGACUGCAAUAAUAAAUAUGGUGCUCACCUAGCUGAAAUUGAAUCAGCUUAUAAGGCUGUAAGUAAAUAUUGUCAGGAGGAUAGUGAGGACUAUGAUUAUUGUAAGGCAUUUACCAGAACAUAUGGAAAAUAUUUUAUGGGGGGCAAACCAACAUUAACAUGCCCCACUAAAGGGGCAACGAAGCAAGUCGCAGGGAAACCAGAAGCAUCGCACCCUGAGCUUGUCAAACCAGCAUCAGCAUGGGAAGAUCCACUUGCCACCUCCUCAGGAGGGGAGGAAGAUGAUGACGACCUCCUGGACGACCUCGACCUCGACGACUUCCUCAACCUCCAGAAGGAGGGAGCUCUGAGUGGAUUACCUUCCCGGAAAGACUACUAUAAUAUGUUCGAUCGAGGGGUGAACAAUUGUAGGAAUUAUAAUAAUUGGCCUCAAGAAAUGAAGGUUGCAUUGGAGGAUGACCCAGAUAUUGGGGAGGGCGCAGAGAAGAUUGCAAAGGGCCUGUGCCAUGCAUAUGAAACGAAGAAGAAUAGUACAUCCCAUAAGCUUAAUCAGGAUUAUUGCGAUUUUUACUACUUCUGGGUAGGGGGAAAGAUAUUGAGGGAAUUAAACGGUGGUAAAGAUUUUAAGAGUGUUAUGAAAAAAAUAAAGGAAGAAGUGGAGAAAAAAAAAAGUGAUCAUGGUUGUUCUUUCCGCUUUCCAACAGAAAGGGGAAUAAAUUUUUUUCUCCACAGUAAAAUUUUAUUUGAUUAUUACAAAGACCAUGAGUCUAUAAAUCCCCACUUAAAGAUUGGGGGUAAGGUCUGCGCUAAUGCAUAUUAUAGGUAUUUAUUGAAAGCACAAAAUGCUUAUACAUAUAUGAAGGAUAAAUGCGAAAAUGGCGGUAAAACAAAUAAUAAAGAAUGGUGUGAAUAUUUUAAAGAAAUGUAUAAGGAAUGUAGGAAUGGGGAACACAGCACGUUGUCACUGUGUAAGGUAGGGAAGUCAACAUUAGGAGAACAAUGCGCAACCACUUACAGAUCAUCAGUAACGGAGGAACGUACACCCCUCACCCCAGAAGGUUCAACUUAUCCCGAAGGGGACACCACCAAUAAUAGGAGCACCAUCCCUCCUGCUACUGCCAUAUCUGGUAUAUUGUAUACCAUCGGAUUACCAGCAUUGGGCCUCUUCUUAUAUAAAUAUACUGAUCUAUUUGAUGGAAUAAAAAAAUACCUCUUUGGUGGCAGUAAUAAUACACGAGGAAGGAAUAGGGGAAGAGGAAGAAGAGCUACUUUUCGACACAAUCAUCAACACUUUGACAGCUAUUUUGAUUCUUCCACAAUAGGUGACUCCACAGAAGGAGUUUCAACACUCGGAUCCACAGAAGGAACUUCCACAAUAGAUGGAACAGUAUAUUCUAUCCCCUAUUAUACUGAAGUAUUUUCUGGAAUGCAUGACAACUUUGGUGGAGGUAACAACAUCAGCAUCAAUGGAAGGAAUGUAAGAAGGGGAAGAAGCAGGUUAUACAGCAUGUACUACAAUCAUUUUGACGAUUCUUCCACAAUAGGUGAUUCCAACACUGUGUAUUCCACAGAUGUUUCGACAGUGGACGGUUCCACAACAAUGGAGUCUACUUCCGACUUAACAGAAGACACUUCUACCAUAUAUAAUGAAGGGCGAGGACGAUCACUACAACCAUGA